AUGUUUAAAUUCGAUUUUCAGCUCGACGACGAAGAAGAGGAUGAAUCACUGCAUAUACUGAUCCAUUCACAAUCAUCUAAAGCAACAAACUCGGCCUUGCCAUUAUCAUCCGACGAUAAUGUGGAUAAGCGAUGCCAUCAUAUCACACUGGAAGAACUGAUCAAAUCAUUACCCGAAGAAAUAUCAUACUCCCCAUUAUCCCUCCCUUUUAUCCAGACUCCAAUCCUACGUCGCGAUCUCUAUGAUGCUCGAUUUCAAUUGUACAACAAACCAAAUGACGAAAACUCUGCGAGUAAGGAAGGGGGAGAAAACGAAGACGAUGGAGAGAAGUACGUAGAUGCUCAAACGGAUCUGAUACCUGGAUUGUAUGAAGGUGGAUUAAAGUCUUGGGAAGGAGGUGUGGACUUGGUAGAGGUCUUAAGCUCUGUUGGAGACAAUCAAAGCGAAGAGAAAGUAGGAGAAUGGAUAAGAGGUGCAAGUGUUUUGGAGGUAGGAUGUGGUACCUCUCUGCCAACACAUUAUCUCCUUCGAUCACUACUGUCAACACCAUCCUCAUCAUCCUCUUCCUCCUCGUCCAUUAAGACUACAUUCCACGUACAAGAUUACAAUUCCCUCGUUCUGUCUUUAGUAACUCUACCAAACCUUGUACUUGCAGCUUUACCAUUCCUGAAGCCAGAGGUAUUACAUGCACCUCAAGACGAAGAAGAUGUAGAAGAUGUCAUACCAGACCUUGAAUCUCCGGGUAACUUAGCCUUGAGUCCGGCUCUGGUAGAAGCAUUUCAAAAUCUGUUGGUGGAAAGAGGGAUAGACUUGAAGUUCACUUAUGGACAUUGGACAGGUUUAGCAGAUGACUUAGUCAAAGAUGGGAAAGGUUAUGAUUUGGUAUUAACUGCCGAAACAAUAUAUGCGGAAGAAAGUAAUGCUUCACUCCUGGAAGUGCUAAGAUCAGGAGCACGUAAAGGAGAUAAAGGAAAUGCUAAAGAAUCAAUAGGGCUGGAAGAUAGUCUGGGGGAUUUGAAGGUUAACGAUGAUGAUUGGCAGAAAAAGCCUUUGAGCGAAAGUGCACAAGGUCUGACGCUUGUUGCUGCCAAAGUCUUAUACUUUGGGGUAGGGGGUGGUCUGUCGGCUUUCUUAGAUCGUGUGGAGAAUGAUGGUGGGUGGUGGAAAGGUGUCAAAAAUUGGACAAAAGGUGUAGGUAGGAAAGUUGUGCAAGUCGGAUGGUGA